AUGACGACGAUGCUGGUACGACGAGAUUCGGACGAGAACUUGGAUGACUGCUGUUGUACUGUGGCGCGUAGCGUGCAGAUUGGAGUGAACAAACAAACCUUAUCAAUACAGAUAGAAAAUUACACGCGAUUAGGUGGGGCGACGGAGGUAAAUCGAGCGCUUGCAGCGACAACCGCUGUGGACAAGGUGCCGAUAACUGGAUUGCAAUGA